UAGCGGCGGCAGUUUGGGCUACCGCUGGGCUUCGCCGCUGCGCCCGACUCGGCCCCUGCGCGAGGGCUGACUCACACUUCGCGACGCGCUGCUGCUUUGCAUUCGCCCGACGCCUCGCGGACGCACGCCGCCGUGCUGACAGUGCGCGCGAUCGCCGGCAGUCUGGUGGACGGCGAGCUUCCCGCGUCAGUCUGCCCGCUCCGGUCGUCAGCCCGACUGCAGGCAUGCGGCGUUCCGGGAGGCUGGCCGGACGAUGCCCGCCAUGAGCCCUGCGGCGACCAGUCGCCACCCGCUUCCUCUUCUGCUUAGCGAGGAAUGCGAUUAAGACCGGAACUGGCCACCGGCACAGUGAGCCCGCGGCACUGCGUGCGCAACAGCCCGACGGGUUCCGGUGGCGGGCCGGGCCUGGUGGCGCAGGCGCCGGCGCACGGCCCCGCCCAUGGGCCAGGACACGGGCCUCCCGGGCCGGGAGGACCCGCACACGGACCCCCUCACGGGCCGGCGCACAGCCCCGCGCAUGGGCCCCCUCCGCCGCCGCCGCCCCACGGACCCCCUCCUCCGCACGGGCCCCCUCCGCCACACGGGGGGCCGGGCGGCAUGGAGCCUGACGGCAGCUGGAAGGGGCCCGCGCCGCCGCCCCACCACCACCCGGCGCUCAUGGGCCAUGGGCCGGCGGGCAUGCACCAUGGGCCGCCCCCGCACCACGGUCCCCCUCCGCCCCACCCGGGAGGGCCCCCGCACCCCAUGGCGGGGCCUCCGCCACACACUAUGCCCGACGGACGGCCCCUCGAGCAUGGAAGACACACGCCGUACUUCGGCCAGCCGGACUACAGAAUCUACGAGAUGAACAAGCGGUUGCAACAAAGGACGGAAGAAAGCGACAACUUGUGGUGGGACGCGUUUGCGACAGAGUUCUUCGAGGACGAUGCCACCUUGACGCUCACAUUCUGUUUGGAGGAUGGGCCAAAGCGUUACACCAUUGGACGGACCCUUAUUCCACGCUACUUCCGGAGCAUAUUCGAGGGCGGCGUCACGGAUCUUUACUUUAACCUAAAACACCCCAAAGAGUCAUUUCACAACACCACUAUCACACUGGACUGUGACCAGUGCACCAUGGUAACACACCAUGGGAAGUCUCCUUAUAGCAAGGGCCUUGGUGGGCAGUACCCAACAGAUCCCCUAAAGGAGCAACUUGCCAAAGACAAUGCUGUCAUUGUUUGCACAGAGGGCCGCCUCAUCCUUGAGUUCACUUUUGAUGAUCUGAUGCGCAUCAAGUCUUGGCACUUUGCAACACGCACACAUAGAGAGCUGGUUCCACGAAGUCUAAUUGCCAUCCAGGUGAGAUAUGCGGCUCAACAACAAGACCCAGGCAUGUUAGAACAGCUGUCCAAGAACAUCACGAGACAAGGCCUCACAAAUUCUACACUGAAUUACUUGAGGCUUUGUGUCAUCCUGGAGCCAAUGCAAGAGCUAAUGUCGCGGCACAAGGCCUAUGCAUUAAGCCCUCGAGACUGCCUCAAGACCACACUAUUCCAGAAGUGGCAACGAAUGGUUGCUCCACCAGGUGUCGCACACCGCGGAGCCCCUAAUGACCUAAAAUCAGCUCAAGAUAUAGAAACCCAGCGGCCCCCAAGCAAGCGCCGGAAGAGGAAAUCAUCUGCUGCCAAUAAUGCCGGUGGUGCAAGCAAUGCAGGCUCUGGUGGCAAGAAAAAGAAUAUGUCGCCUGGGCCUCCAAACUUCUCGCUUGCAUCACAGGAUGUAAUGGUGGUUGGGGAGCCCUCCUUAAUGGGAGGAGAAUUUGGAGAUGAAGAUGAGCGUGUCAUCACACGGUUGGAGAACACCCAGUACGAUGCUUCAGCAGCAGCUGCUAAUGGCCUCGAAGAAGGUGACGAGUUUGGUGGCGGUCCCCUGGCACCGCCGCCCGGUUGGCAGGGCCCACCGCCCGGGCCACCCCCCGAGCGCAAUCCCUCGGCUCCGCCUCCGGGCCCACCGCCACCGCCCGAGGACAAAAAGACCUCUCCAAGCAUCAGCCAGUAGGCGCACCAAGCGUGUGUGAAUGUUGGGCCACAUGGUUGGACGGUGCCACUUCCAUUUCUCGGAAGUGAAGGAAGGAUGGCAGGCUUGUGCCCAUAACCAUCAUCUCUAUUGCUAUAGCAGUGUUGCCCUACCCCCAUUUUUUUUUCAAUCUUGAGUGCACUGGCUAGGUUGCUGGCGUCGGUGACUGAAAUGUCUGGACGCAGUUGUGAGGCCCAGGCCUUGCAAGUGGCCAAGUAGCAGGGCAAAACUGAAUUCUGGUGCAUAGUGCGUCUGCACCCUUCCUGGUCUUCAGUGAUCAGCUCAGUGAAAAUGGGGAGCAGCCUCAAGUCGUGCUGGCUUUUCUAGGUCAGUUUAAGCAUCAUUUGUUUCAGGUAUGCGUGGUGCUGUCUCAUUGUCGUGUGCUUUCAGAACUUUGGGGGGUGGGAGGGACAUGGGGAGUGGGAGGGUUACAGGUGAAUGUUUUAAGAUUUAAACGUGUGCAGAGACCUCAAAGCCUAUGGUAUCAUUUGAGCUUUUCUAGCAGAUGAGUGUGAGGAAGACACCUGCAAUUGUGGUUGCACUGAAGGGAGCUGGCCAUUUUGGUGUUUCUAGAUUGUGCAAUAAGUGGCAGAUUAUUUGCAAAAGUUGCUCCUUUCUAAGUUAUUCUUUACUCUGGCAUGUUUUGAUAGGGAUCUGUUGUGCUUAUGUCUAGGUCCUGUGGUAUAUGGCACACCAUUUUGUUUAUAGUGGAACAUUAUGCUUUGGACCAGUUUUAUUUCUCUCUUGCACCUUGUGCUUUCACUUAGUGUCUCACCCAGGCAUAUUGCACCAUCCGUAUUUGUGUUUAGUGACAACGAAGGAAGAAACCUGUACAAAGGGGUGAUGUGGCAAAAAUCAGUUCAUUGUACUUUUGUACACGAAACAGAAGUAGGAGCCAGGCCAUUGUCCUGUGUUUUCUUUAGCUGCAUAUCAUAUAUUUAAAGUUAUUUUGUGUACAUGGCCAAGAACAUAAGAUUUGUCUUUCUGGGGAAACUUAUUUAAUCCAUGGUGUUUAGUUAGUUUACUUCAUAUAGCAGAUUUUAAAAGUACACGCACAAAAUGUUGCACAACAUGCAAUGGUAACGCACAUUCUGCCGGGUGUUUUUGUUUUCCCAUCUCCAUACUGUUCUUGAAGUUUGGGAUGUGUAUUAUUUAAGAGUAUUGUUUCAGGCAGUUAAAUUUAAACUGUGGUUGCACAUAGUUCUCAUUAGAGGCAGGCCUUUUUCUGUGAGGACACUGGCAACAGAAAAGUUUUAUGUCUGCUAGUUGCCAACAUAUCGGCUACAUGAUGUAAAGGAAGACGUGAGGUGUUGUAUAAAUAUUUCUGUUCAGAUGAGCCAGUCUUUGUUAUAUACAGGGAUUGUCACAGACUCAUUAACCAUUUUUAUCUGUAACAUCUGCGUUUGACAGACGAGAAUAAAUCUGGCAAAGGAGGUUUUACCUUUGUUACAUCACCGUACCCGAUUUCGGCUCUUUACGCACUAUGUAGGCCAGUGGACUUUUUGUGUUUGUUGCUCACAGUGGUCCAACGAUUCAUUAUCUGCACCACUUUCAUUGUAAACUGACCAUUUCUAUGAUCAUACAAGUUGAAUGUUAGCUCGGUGGGGGCUUCUGGAUGUAGUCAAAAUAGGGCAUACUAACAGAGUAGCUUUACAUUGUGAAUCACGUGUUUCAUUUUCCCAAAUAAGACAUGAGCUUGCAUUCACAUCGACAGCAAAGGUUGGAAGUGCUUGGCAUUGUGUAUGUGGAAAGCAGUGAACUUAGGACCUUUGGGCCUGAUUGUGAUGGCAGACCACGUCUUGCAAUGUAGUACACCCUGUACAAAAAUAUGCAUUACAGUCAUCUACAACUGA